AUGGACAAGUCCAGGGGUCGUCUGUACUUUUGCCUGUGCUUGACUGCAGCGCUGGCAUCUUUCCUGGGUGGAUUUAUGGUGGGAUGGCUUAGUAAGCUUCUCAGAGAAACAGCCACUUCAGUGGACACUCACCAAAAUCUAAGGUGGAAACUGGUAUCUGAGAUGAAAGCUGAAAAUGUUAAAUCAUUUCUUCGUUCUUUUACAGAGCUACCUCAUCUGGCAGGAACAGAACAAAAUUUACUGCUUGCCAAGAAAAUCCAAUCCCAAUGGAAGCAAUUUGGACUGGAUUCAGCCGAGCUGGUUCAUUAUGAUGUUCUUCUGUCUUACCCUAAUGAGACAAAUGCCAACUAUAUAUCAAUCACGGAUGAACAUGGAAUUGAGAUUUUCAAUACAUCAUACCAUGAGCCACCACCAGAUGGAUAUGAGAAUGUUAAAAAUAUUGUACCACCCUAUAAUGCCUUUUCACCCCAGGGCACACCAGAGGGGGAGCUUGUAUAUGUGAACUACGCUCGUACUGAAGACUUUUUCAAACUAGAAAGAGAGAUGAACAUCAACUGCACUGGAAAGAUUGUUAUUGCAAGAUAUGGGAAAAUCUUCAGAGGAAAUAAAGUUAAAAAUGCCAUGUUAGCAGGAGCCAAAGGAAUCAUCUUGUACUCAGAUCCAGCUGACUACUCUGCCCCUGGGGUACAGCCGUAUCCAAAAGGAUGGAACCUUCCUGGAACUGCAGCCCAGAGAGGGAAUGUGUUAAACUUGAAUGGUGCUGGUGACCCACUCACUCCAGGUUAUCCAGCUAAAGAGUACACCUUCAGACUUGAUGUUGAAGAAGGAGUGGGAAUACCCCAAGUCCCUGUACAUCCCAUUGGAUAUAAUGAUGCAGAAAUAUUAUUACGCUAUUUGGGAGGAACUGCUCCACCAGAUGAGAGCUGGAAAGGAAGUCUGAAUGUGAAUUACAAUAUCGGGCCUGGCUUUAUAGGGCAUGAUUCUUUCAGGCAAGUUAGAAUGCAUGUUCAUAACAUCAAUAAAAUCACAAGGAUUUACAAUGUAAUUGGAACUAUCAGAGGAUCUGUGGAACCUGACAGGUAUAUUAUUCUGGGAGGUCAUCGGGACUCCUGGGUAUUUGGAGGUAUUGACCCAACCACUGGGGCUGCUGUUUUGCAAGAAGUUGCCCAGAGUUUUGGCAAACUGAUGAGUAGAGGUUGGAGACCAAGAAGAACUAUCAUUUUUGCCAGCUGGGAUGCAGAAGAAUUUGGACUUCUGGGUUCCACAGAAUGGGCUGAGGAGAAUGUAAAAAUACUUCAGGAGAGAAGCGUUGCUUAUAUCAACUCAGAUUCCUCUAUAGAAGGCAAUUAUACUCUCAGAGUUGACUGUACACCCCUUCUUUACCAAUUGGUGUAUAAACUGGCAAAAGAGCUCUCCAGCCCUGAUGAUGGUUUUGAGAGUAAAUCUCUUUAUGAAAGCUGGUUGGAAAAGGACCCUUCAUCUGAAAAUAAAACUCUGCCUAGAAUCAGCAAGCUGGGAUCUGGAAGUGAUUUUGAAGCUUAUUUUCAGAGACUUGGAAUUGCUUCAGGAAGAGUCCGUUACACUAAGAAUAGGAAAACAGAUAAUUACAGCAGCUAUCCGAUAUACCAUACAAUUUAUGAGACAUUUGAAUUGGUAGAGAAGUUUUACGACCCCACAUUUAAAAAACAGCUUGCUGUAGCUCAAUUACGAGGAGCACUGGUUUAUGAGCUUGCAGACUCUAAAAUCAUUCCUUUCAAUAUUCAAGACUAUGCAAAAACUUUGAAAAACUAUGUAACAAAUAUCUACAAUUUAUCCAAGAAAUAUGACCAACAAUUAAGAGACCAUCAAGUAUCAUUUGAUUCCUUAUUUUCUGCUGUGAAAAACUUCUCAGAGGCCGCUUCAGAUUUUCAUAGAAGACUUUCACAAGUUGAUCUGAAUAACCCCACUGCAGUGAGAAUCAUGAAUGACCAGCUGAUGUUCCUGGAAAGAGCUUUCAUCGAUCCCCUUGGUUUACCAGGGAGGCCGUUCUAUAGGCACAUCAUCUUCGCUCCAAGUAGCCACAACAAAUAUGCUGGCGAAUCAUUUCCUGGCAUCUUUGAUGCUAUGUUUGAUAUUGAAAAUAGAGCAGAUCCUCGUUCAGCCUGGAAAGAAGUAAAGAAACACAUUUCUAUUGCAGCCUUUACAAUUCAAGCAGCAGCAGGGACUCUGAAAGAAUUUUUAUAGUAAGGUCUCAGUCAACUGGCUGCCAUUAAAAGUCUGAGGAUAAAAUCCAUCUUUCUUUCUGAUAACACACGAGGCCAGAGUGUGCUAAAAUCUUGCUUUUUAUGUCAUGUUUUGACUUUAGACUUCCACCUUAUUCGUCUGCGAAGAGAUUUUUGGCUCUUUGAAAAUUCAUAACUUCAUCAUGAAAGUGCUAAUCCAGUAAAACCAAAAAACCUCCAGUCAUAUGAAGAAAGAGAUAAAGUGAAAAUUCCCUAAAAUAAAAUAUGUCAAGGAACUUGAACUCUUCAGACACUGCUGACUGGAAAGUAAACAGUACAACCACUUUGCAAAACAAUCUGGCACUUUCUUAUAAAGUUAAAAAUAUACUUAUAUUAUAGCUCCAAAAUUCUACUUUUAGGUAUUUACCAAGGAAAAACAAAAACACAUCACCAAAAGACUCUUGCAUGUUCAUCGCAGCUUAAUGUGCAAAUAAUGCAAAUACUCAUGAGUAGAUUAAUGGAUAAAUUGUGGUAUAUCCACAAUGGAAUACUACUCAGCAAUAAAAAUGAAAUAAUUGCCAAUAUACACAAUCUUAUUGGCAGACAUUGUUGAGGGAAAGAAGCCAGACACAAAAGAAUGCCUAGUAUGAGAUUAUAUGAAGAAGCAAAACUAAUCUAUGGUAUUAAGAAAUUAGAUCAGUGAUUGCCUGGGUCAAGUAAGGGGCAGGGAGGAGAUCUGCUACAAAGAGUAAAGUUUCUGGGAUGAUGGGAGUCUUCUGUAUCAUGAUCUGGGUGAUGGUUACACAGGUAUAUACAUUUGUCAAACCUCAACAAAUAGUAAACUUAAAAUGUGUAACAAUGAUACCUUAAUAAAUUUGAUUAUGAAGAAAAUAAAG